AUGCAGGGGGAAAGCCCUUCGCCGUCUCCCAGGCCUGUUGAGGAGAAACCUCAACCUCUCACUCUCGCGCCUGAGGCUUUGGAGUCAACUCAGUCGCCACCGGACGAUUGGGAGGUUGCCAAGGCAUACUGGCGAAGUCUCACCGCUGACAAGCGUGCUCAGUUGGAGAAGGAGGCAAUAGAGGAUGCCGGAAUCGAGGGUGAUCUGGAGGAAGUCAAGCAAGAAGAUAAGAAGCCCAGACGGAAGAAGUCAGUGGAGAAGCGGGCGGCGGAGAAGAAGGUCAUCGAAGAGCAGAGACAUGUUGAUCCGGAACGCACCUACAUGAUCAAGCCCGGCACGAGGGUUGAGGCGGAUUCAUACUCUUCGGCACCAGCAAAGACUAUGCGGAAAAAGCAACAGGCUCCUGCCCCUGCUACGCAGCCCGCCACACACAUGCGUAAGUCGAUGCGUGGUGCGGAGCAACCGCAGCCCAGAGCCAGCGCUACUGUGGGAGGCGUUGCCGCAGGUGGUGCCGCAGGUGGUGCCGGAGGUGCACCCCGGAUCCGCAAGUCAAUGCGAACCAACGGGCCGGAACCACAGCAAAGAUCGGCUCCUGCCGCUCGACCUGUGUCUUACCAGCCACCCAGCUCUGCUCCUCGGCAGCCUCAGGGACAUGCUAGGACCAUGUCUGAUCAAAGCUACCAGAGCUCUCAGGCAUCUGCACGAGCAGCAGUAGGAGUGGCCAAGGCGAUGCAGCCCAAGCUCACUCGACGGGGAUCUGACUCGAGUGAAAGCAGUUUCAAGCGUGCUCGGACCCGGUCAGGUGAAGGCUUUGGCUUCCGAAGAACAAUGCGGGGACAGGGGCAUGAGCCUUCAAACUCACAGGACAGUGGCAGGCCUUCGUCCAGCAGGUUCUCACUGAGAUCGCUUUCGCCUACCGGGUCUCCGUUCCGUCGCUCAUCGACUGUGGACUCACCUCCUGUCAGCAUGGGCAACCGGAUGAAGACUUCCAUGCGUGGAACUGCUGAGCCACAGCGUAAGGGCUCACGGCUAUCAUCGCUCGGCUUCUCUUCCAAGCCGAAAGCUACGGGCAAGACCAGGAAAGCGAGCCGUUUUGGUGAUUCGAGCGAUGAAGACGAACCCCGCCAGGGCUUCCGCAGUCGUUUCGAUGACUCGAGCGACGAGGAUGCUGUUCCUGAGAAGCUGCCACCUCUGGCUGUUCCCAAGAACGCCCGAGGCAAUAUCGCCGCAACGAGGACUACAAUACCUGCUAGCCAGACACUGCACGAGGAGGACGAACAGUCUUCGGAUCUGCCUGAUAGCGAUGAGGAACGUAAGCAGCCUCAGCGAAAGGGCUCCGGCAGACAAAUUUCGCAAGCCACUGGUACUGUUCAGCGCUCCGGUUCUGGCCGAGGGGCUCUCGUGAGCAGUCCGACAUCGCCUGUAUCGCCUGGUGCUGGCGGCCGCCCUGUGAGCCACAACCGUCGCAGCAGCUUCAUGUCUGCACUGCGACGCAAGAAGCCUGACGGCGCGGGUAAGAUCUCCCGGGGCGAGAUGAUGGACAGCGCCGCACGGCGAGACACAAACCUGGAGAGAAGCGCCAGCGAGCUGAACGCUAUCCGAACCAAUAGCCAGCGCGGCCAGGCCAGCAGCCCGAAGCUGCAGAAGCGGACGGCGUCCUUCGGCACGCCAGCCCGGAACAGUAGCUGGCCGCUGCCGGACGAGGAGGACGACGACGAGCCCGAACUGCCCGCUGGCGAAGACGAGGAGAAGCACCUGCAACGGCCUAGCACGUCGGGCAACCUCGAGGGCGGCGGCAAGGCGGCCUCACGGCCGGGCUUCCUGCAGCGCCGCACGAUGUCUACGCAGGGCACGAUCGACACGCACGGCGUGGGAGGCGAGAAGAAGAAGAAGAAGUUUGGCGCGCUGAGAAGAAUGUUCAAGCUGGAUGAUUAG